ACGGAUAACAAAAGAAAAACAUCAGAGAAACAAAAAUAAAUAGAAGAGAAGAAGCCGACGGUUCUCUCUUCUCAUCAAAAAUCCUCCAUUAACGUCGUCGCCUGAUAAUAUUUUUAUUUAUUAUACUGUUAUUAUAUGAAUUCGAAUUCUGAAUUCAACUUCUUCUGAAUGAUGUCGAACAGUGGCACGAAUUCAUGUACAGGGAGUCCGAAAAUCACAGGACCAUCAACAGCGAGAAGAAGAGUACCGGACGUUAUAAUCGAUACAGAGAAAGGGAAUUUAGCUGAGUUAUAUUCGGACGGGAAUGAAGACGAUGAAGCGAAUUAUGAUGGUAGUGGAAGUCAUAACCAUAAUCAUCAUCACCAGUUUCAUGAUCACCAUUAUUAUAUAUUGAAGCCGAUUAUCAUAUUCUUGCCGGAGAGAUGGAUUUUUUUAGUUGAGAGAUUAUUAUCUUGGAUUCUCAUGGUGUUUUCGUUGUUAACGUCGAGGAGGAAUUUAGGGCGUCGGAUUUUUGCAAUGUUGAUUAUUUUGGCAGUUUUUUCCGUUUUUUUCAAGUUAACGUAUUUUUCAAAUAAUCAUCACCAUAAUCGUGAUCACGACGAGGAUAUCAUCAGUAAACGAAAUAAUAUUGUGAUGAACUGGAAUCAUAUCCCUCAAAAUAUUGUUCAGGAAUCUCAAUCUAAUCAAGUUGCUGCUGAUGAAACCACCGUAUUCCCGGAGGAGGAGGAGGUACCUGAAAUUUGGAAGAAACCAAAUAGUGAAGAACAUUACCGGUGUAUUGAUCGUCCGAGGAGCCCAACAAGGAGAAGCAAGACAAACGGUUACCUUCAAAUUCAUGCUAAUGGUGGAUUGAACCAGAUGAGAACAGGAAUAUGCGACAUGGUGGCAGUUGCAAAGAUUAUGACUGCAACUCUGGUUCUUCCUUCUCUUGACCAUGAAUCCUUCUGGACAGAUCCUAGUGGUUUUAAAGAUAUUUUUGAUUGGCAACACUUCAUAGAGGAGCUGAAAGAUGACAUUGAGAUAGUCGAGUCUUUGCCGCCUCAUUUAGCAGGAAUUAAACCCCUCUUAAAGGCACCAAUUUCCUGGUCUAAGGCAAGUUACUAUAGAAAUGAGAUGGUUCCAUUACUAAAGAAGCACAAAGUGAUGAGGUUUACGCAUACCGAUUCUCGACUUGCUAACAACGGACUGGCAAGUAAUAUCCAGAGGCUUCGAUGUCGUGCUAAUUACCAGGCACUUCGUUACACGGACGAGAUAGAAGAGCUCGGUAAUAAACUGGUUAAUAGAUUAAAAAAGGACGGCAAACCGUAUAUAGCUCUCCAUCUGAGAUAUGAGAAAGAUAUGCUUGCAUUCACAGGUUGUAGUUAUAAUCUAACCAAAGCUGAGGCUAAGGAUUUGAAAGAAAUGCGGUACAGAGUGAAACAUUGGAAGGAGAAAGAGAUUGAUGGCAUAGAGAAAAGGAUACAAGGAGGCUGCCCAAUGUCUCCAAGAGAGGCUGCCCUGUUUUUGAAAGCAAUGGGAUACCCUUCUUCCACAACUAUCUACAUUGUUGCAGGGCCAAUAUAUGGCAGUGGUAGUAUUGAUGCUCUGUUGUCCGAGUACCCAAACGUUUAUACUCACUCCUCGCUUGCGACUGAAGAAGAGUUAGAACCCUUCAAGAAGUAUCAGAACAGGCUCGCAGCUUUGGAUUAUAUUGUUGCACUUCAGAGUGAUGCAUUUGUUUAUACUUAUGAUGGGAAUAUGGCCAAGGCAGUGCAAGGUCAUCGGAUGUUCGAAGGUUUCCGGAAGAGCAUCAACCCCGACAAGAGAAACUUUGUAAGACUAAUUGAUCAGUUAGAUCAUGGUGAGAUAACGUGGGAGUACUUCUCAUCUGAGGUUAAGGAAUUGCAUAAGAAUCGAGUUGGAGCACCCUAUAGAAGACAAGUAGGAGAGUCACCAAGGCUUGAAGAGAACUUUUAUGCAAAUCCAUAUCCUGGUUGUGUAUGCGAAACGGCACAGCUAAAAAACGAUUUUACUAGCAGUCACAUGAAAAUUGAUUUAAGACGGAUCAAAAGCAGGUCGGCAUUAGAAUGAGGGAUGUACAAUUAUAUUUAUAAUAGUUAGAUGAUUUUUUUACUGUAAAGUAUACGCCAAUACCACCAUAAUUGGAAAAAUUGUAGCAGGAUGAUUUCCAUUUCAACAAUUUUGGUUUUUUUA